UUCCAGACGUGGUUUCAACUUAUUUCAUGCAACACGUAACUCAUCGCAACCUGGUAGAAAAAAAACUAGCCGUAAAGUACCACUAUCACUUAUUACCCCAAUGAAUACUAAAUUUGAACACAUUAAAGAAUCUCUUACUGUAUACAACGCUUUAACAGAAUUGUGCUUCCGUACUUGUGUUCGAGAAUUUAAUCAUCACAAAUUAAUUGAAUCAGAAACGAAUUGCGUCCACAACUGUUUUAACUUCUGUUGCACAUUUUGUUGUGCAAGCGUCAAAAUGAAUAUUAUAUCAGAACUUGGUUAUCGCCAAGAUGGCCGGCUCCCACACGAAAUUCGAAACAUUAAUUUCAAAAUGAAUGUGUAUUCUCAAGCUGAUGGUUCAUCAUAUUUUGAACAAGGCAACACUAAAGUCCUUUGUGCAGUGUAUGGUCCGCACGAACCCAAGCAACGAAGUCGUAUUAUGGAAGACCGUUGUAUUAUUAAUUGCCAAUAUAGUAUGGCAACAUUUUCAACGACUGAACGAAAAGAGCGUCCACGAGGAGAUCGUCGGUCACGUGAAUUUGCUCGAUUGAUGGAAAAGGCUUUCGAGUCAGCAAUUCUCACCGAAUAUUAUCCUCGAUCUCAAAUCGAUAUAUUUUUCGAACUUUUGCAAGCAGAUGGUAGUCAUCUAGCAGCAUGCGUGAAUGCAGGGACAUUAGCUUUAGCUGAUGCUGGUGUACCAAUGCGUGGUUUAGUUGCCGCAGCAUCAUGUGCUUGUUCAUCUGACGGAGUCCCUUGCGUAGAUGUUUGUUCUCGUGAAGAAACUAGUUUAAUUCCUAGAAUAACAAUAGCUACAAUAUCAGGGCAAAAGGAGAUUGUACUAACUGAAUUGCAAAAUAGAUUACAUAAAAAUCAUUUGUCUUCACUUUUGGAAGCAGCCAAAAAAGCAACAACUUAUGUUCAUUCUUGUCUUGAGGCAGCUGUAACAUCUCAUAUUGUUCAUGCUAUAGGAUUGCCAUCUGAUGCUAAUGAUGACGAUGGGUUGUUAUAA